CGGCUUAAACCCUCAAUCACACUUUGUGUCAGACAGUCGAAUUGGCACAUUGUACCAACCUUUGAUUCUUAUUCUAAAGGGUGCAGCGUACGGCACAGGUUUCCCUGUUUAUCGUAGUGCACUCGAACUUCGUUAUCAAGGUGAAUGUCAAACAAAAUAAUAGAUUUAGGCACGAUAAGAACUGCUAUUCUCCGCCGUCUAGCUCUCUAAUUGGGGUUAGUGUUCCUUCGUAGUUCGAGGUUUUCGAUGUCAGCCCACGAUGGGCAUUCGUAACUCAAACAGUUACUGGACUCGACAGUUUACGUUAGAAAAGCAAAAUUUCUUCUUGUAUCUGUUGAUCGUACCUUAUUUGUUGAUUCAACCUGCCAAACACGGGGUUUUAGGAAGUGAAAUCCAUCAGCAGCCAGAAGAUUUUCUAAAAGAAGAGAACUCCAAGGGACUCAGAGUGAUACCUGCAAAUUGGACGGAUACAAGGGUGCAAUCUACAAAUGCUAUGACUUGCCUUUCAUCCGACGACACUCGUGAAAACAACUGCGUCCAAGUGAUUCAGGCCAGUUUCAGCCAGAUCUAUUCCAAAACAUUUAACAGCUCAUUAGAAUUUCGCCUGAUAUAUUCUUAUUCCGAUCCCCAAAAAAAUUUUGCUGUCAGCGUCGACAGUUCCGACGCUGACGUAGAACAUCCGAUUCUGUUUGUUGUGCGACAACAAAAAGCAGUGACUUCGUGGGAGUUGCCAUAUGUCUUGGAAUCGUCUUCCGGCUACCAAAGAAGAUACAAUACCUUUCGAAGAACAUUGUGUCCUCAGCCUACGAGACGUGCAGAAUCGGUUAAUCAAAUUGUUGUUGAUGUUUCAACUUCGAGCCGAUCGAAUGUCACCUUCAGCCUUAAAAUGACGGUCGAUAGUCAGUUGUUUGUGCCAUUGGAUGAAGAGCGUCGCAUGUCGAUCACCCCCUCACAAAACCGCAUAUUUAAAUUCACAUUUCCUGCGGCAGUGACACAAGUGGCUGUUACUUCCAAAUCUCCCGACGAUAUUUGUCUGACAGUAUCGGUGCAAAGUCCUAAAUGUCCGAUUUUCGACACGAUUUACAACGUUGAAUACGAAGGUUUCCGACAAACGAUGACUGGCCAAUCCACCAUAAUCGUUCAGAAAGAGCAAUAUCCAGAAGGUUUUUACCUAGUCUACAUCGUCAACACGGAUGAUGAAAAAUGCGUGAACAGCCGGACUUUAGCGCCAUGGCGAACUAACCGCACGAAAGAAGUCACUUUCACUAUCCAGGAAACUGUGUCCGUCCAACAAUUCCGUUACGUGAUCUUUGUUGCUACGUUGGGCGUCUACGCGGGAUUUAUCCUUUUGAUUAUCGCCACAUGCGUCCUCGUUGAAGUUAGAAGGAAACGAACCAAACAGGCCCGCCGAGAGUGGGAGGUCACGGUGAAAAUGCACAAAUCCGAGUUGGAACCGAUCUCUGAAGUACCCGAGUCUCACAUCAGCGAAACGACAACGACGGAAGACGGACAUCUGGAUAUGAGCUGUCACGAAACGAAAUCUAAUGACGCCGACGACGUCUUUGGUGACACCGUUAGUCCGAUUCGCCCGACACGGCAAGAAAAUAAACUGACCAGUAAACGGUGGAGAAGGGUUUCGGAGAUGACCAAACACCAACCGGAUUUCUACAACAAAAAAUCGAAACGCUACGUUUCGGAGCUGUGCAUUAUUGCCGUCUUCUACCUCAUCCCAGCAAUCCAGCUCGUUUGGAACCACAAAGACAUGAUGGUGUCGACGGGAGAUCAGGACAUGUGCUAUUACAACUUCGCCUGCGCUUAUCCCUACCAUCUGGUCAUGGACUUUAGCGACUUUAACCAUUUCUUCUCCAACAUUGGCUACAUCGUUCUGGGCACGAUAUUCGUCCUCAUCACCAAACGUCGGGAUUACAUCCACACGAUGAAGAUGAGCAAGCAGAACGGCAUCGAGAGAGGCAUUCCGCCUCAUUACGGCCUCUCGUAUUCCAUGGGUUUCGGUCUGAUCGUCGAGGGGAUACUCAGCGCUUGCUACCACCUCUGUCCGACCCGCAUGAAUUACCAAUUCGAUACCUCAUUCAUGUACGUAUUAGCAGUGCUGUGCACCCUGAAACUGUAUCACGCACGUCACGCCGAUAUCAACGUCAAGUCCUACAUGGCCUAUAUCGUCCUGGCGAUGUUGGUCCUGCUCGGAGCCGGGACGACCUUCACCAGCGAAUUCUACUUCAAAUUGGGUUUCACUGUGGUUCACCUGAUUGCCUGCGUCGCCCUGGCCAUCGACGUCUACUACAUGGGCCAUUGGAAGUUGGACAAAGAAACAAUGGUGGAGCACGUCAACACCUGCUGGAAGUCACGACCGCUGUAUCUAGAGCGCUUGACCUUGGUGGUCGUUGGGGUUGUUUGCAACGUGGCAUUUGCCGUCACCCAACUGGUGAUGGACAGCGUGGAUUUCAACACGCACAUUCUGGCGGUCUUCAUGAUCAACCUGUUUGUCUAUUCCGUCUUUUACGUCAUCAUGAAGAUGCACAAGCGGGAGUGGGCCUUCGUCACGCACCGCAUCUACCCUUUCUUGUUCCUACUGGCGGCCCUGGCGUUUUGGCUGACCGGUUCCUAUUUCUUUUUGAAAAAAGCGGCCAAGUGGGAGAAAAGUCCAGCCGAAUCGCGGAUGCUCAAUCAAGAAUGUCUGGUGGCUAAUGUUUAUGACACGCACGACUUGUGGCAUUUUCUAUCAUCGACAGGUCUUUUUUUCUUCUUUAUGUUCCUGUUGACGCUGGAUGACGACAUUGAAUCCAAAUCACGACGAGAUAUUCCGGUCUUCUGAAUGGAUAUUUAAAAAAAGAGGGAGGAGAAACAAAAAUCCAAGGAGAACAAUGAUGCUGUGUUCAAACCCCAUACAAUAAUAGUAAU